AAAGGUCGAGCAAUGGCGAACACGGGGUUUAAGAUUAAGAUUCAGGUGUUUAGAUUAUAAUGUAAGUUUUAAACUGGUAAAUGUUAAACUAAAGGUGUACAUUUAGUAUGGGGGAGGAGAUGUAACCCGAUAUUCUACCUUGAAUCCACCCUUGGUUCAAAUGGUACGCUCCGAACACUGUGUAUUAUUAAGGGUAUUAUGAGGACAAGGUAAAUUAUUUCAUUUUUGGGUCAAGACUUAACUUAAUAAUAAUAAUACCAAUAAUACAAAAUACUAUUAAAUAGGAUACAUGUAAUUGAAAAACGAAAAAUAAUGUUAAAAAUAUGUGUUUAAACAGGUCUCUUAGACCCCUACAAGUAAGCUACAAGUAGCUAUGGUUUGGCCAAUGGGCCUUUUUCACAGCAGACAUUUUGACUUAAGGUUGGCUCUGUUUCAUUCAUGUUUCCCAGUACGACGGUGUAUGUACAAUACCAGGACCAGGAAAUGGUGAUUAAUGUUUCUCGGGGCCCUUCGGUGCGACCCAGCUAUGGCACAACAUCAUCCAGGCCUUGCAAACCCAGGUGGAGGUGCGCCGCUGUAGAAGGAAUCUCCGCGUUCACGCCGAAUGUUUCACGGGCUCGGACGCUGUGGAUGCCGUCCUCAGUUAUUUGAUGCAAAAUGUGGUGUUUUGCACAAGCGAAGUGUCUCGCCUCAAAGCGGCCCGUCUCUGCCAGGCCCUGAUGGAGGCCAAGGUGUUCGAACCAGUGGGUACCAAGUUGUUUCGCAGAGACAAGGAAGUGACCUUUGAGGACAGCGGCUGCAGCCUUUAUCGUUUUCUGGAGUAUAAAGUGUUACCCAAUUCUCCCAUGAAGGAGUGCAGUAGUGACACAGAGAACAUGGGACCAGAGGAACCGGAGAUAAAAAGGAAGAAGAGCUCCAGGCUGAAGGAACUGAGGACGAUCUCUAAUCCACUUGCAGUUGGACCGUCAGACAGGAGGGUUGAGAGGCUGCUGAAGACCAUCAACCUGCGACCAACCUUGGCACCAGCUCUAAACGCAACACACGCUAACUCUACCUUUCUGUCCAAAGCCGUGGUGGAUGAGGUGUGGAAGAAGCAAACGCUGCUGCAGCUGCUGCAGAUAGUAGAGCUGCCCAUGCUGGAUUGCAUCCUGACCUCUCCUGUCAGAGUUCAGCUCCGGGCCUGCAGAGCUCCCCUGGCCUCCCAGGACCUGGUUAUCUCUAACACGUGCCUCGAGAGAGAGCUGCCGGACGCCCUUAAUCUGCCCCAGUUGGACGGGUGGCUGUCGGCAGCGGCAGACUGCUUGGAGCUCUUUCCCGACCAGGUGAUCGUGGUUGCAGGGGAACAGCUCGGACAACAAGGUGGCAAAGCCUUUUCAGAAGAUAGCCAGGCAGAGCAGAUGGGAAGCCAAAAGAGACUGCUCUUUGACACCAUUGCUAAAUACUACAGUGGACAGGAAAAAGCUCCACUUCUCUCAGGACGCCACCUGGACAUACAUGCUGCAAUUCUGAAUUUGCUGGAUGAAGGGAAGGUGCAGGAGGCCAUCAGAGCAUCUCAGUUGUGUUUCCGACUGCUGGAGACGAGCAUGAGAGAUGAACUCAGGAGACUACUGGCCUUUAUGGCCACAGCAGCUCACCCAGACGCUUGUCGUCUUCAGAAACAGAUUGAUAACAGGGCCUUGGUCUGCCGCAGUUUUCAGAGAGCAAUUGUCCAGAAUCAUGAAUUGAAUCGAUCCCAAAGCGAAACCCUGGUGCUUUUUCUCAUGGACAAUUGCAGUGAGCUCUUUAAGACUCCUACAUCCCUUAUUGAAGCUGUGAGGAAAACACUGAGGACUAUGCAGCAGGGAAAAGACCCUGACUCAAUUGCCACGUUCACCUUCUGCCAGCAGGUGACGCCACAGGAGUACGAGGACCAGCGGGAGGCUACCACCCUGGAGAGCCUCAAACAGCUUCUUCGUGACAUUUCCUCAAGCAAAACCAUACCUGUCAAGGAGAGGAGGAGGCUGCUCAAAGAGUUUGAGAAACAUCACCCCGUGGUCUUCCUCCAGCAUCUGUGCAGCACCUUCUGAAACAACCGAAGAGUAUUAAUUUGACUUGCUAGGUGCACUUCACAAAGCCAGUUUGUUUGGUACGGCGCUUACACUGAAGAAGAAUAAUAAUUUAAUGCACAAAAUGCCGUUUUUGUAAUUUUCAAUACUUUAAAAACUGGAAUACAAGUCACACCUCUAAUCUCAUCUAAUGUCGAGCUGUAGAGAGGAAUUGACACCUUAGGUGACGAUCAGCACAGAUUCUUCUAUAAUUAAUUCUGCGAAGGCAUGACUCCCCAAAUUCCUUUAAGUCACAAGAGGCCUAUAAAAGUUAUUAGUAGAUAGUCUUGUUUGUUUUUAGUCCUGUAGCACUGGAUGCAUUAUCUAUCUGAUAAAUAUUGCGUGUUCAAGAAUGACAUAUCAUCUCAUCGAUAUUGGGUGCCUAAAGGGGGGAUAGUCAUUUUUAAUUAUACUUUAGUGACUAAUUUUAUGUUGUAAAGAUGAAUAAUGUUUAAAGUGGGCAUUUUCUUUUGUGCACUACAUUGUUCAGAUAUUACUAUAUUAUACUGUAUAUGUGAAGUAUACAAACCUAAAAGGGAUUAAUGACCAUUAGUGAGCUGCAACUUGUGGACUAAUUAAUGUAUUUGUUGCAGGUAUGGAUACUGCAAUUGAAUAAACAUAUAUUUAAGUUAGGUUUAUCUGAGCUUUGGAAAUGGAUCUGUGAUUUGUAGAAGUGAUGUUGUGCACUUGGAUCAGACAUUAAUAUUAAUGAAGAAUAACGCUAUUAUAGCAGCCAUUUUGAUUGAAUGCCGCAAACGUUGUCGAUUUUUGUCCUGUUCUGUUUAAAUGUAGCAUGCUGUAGUGCGGGUAAGGAAAACUUAACACUAAUGUAGCUGAAUACGUUUUUAACACAGUUAGAGAUGAAGACUUUUCAGUGAAGCUCUUCAAAUGAAAACUAAUAUGAAAUGAAAGCAGAAAGGGUACAAUAAUGUAUUAGGGCUAACCAUAACUCAGGUUAAUAUAAUGACUUCUAAUUUUAGCGGUUUUAAGCUUUUAGUUCCAAAUGUCUUUUUAAUUGUAACCUUUUAGGAUUUUACUUGAAAGUUGGACAUAAUGCGUUUUGAUUGAGUAUUUUACUAACUUUCUCUUUGGUUAAGCAUGAUGCCUCAGUUGGAUUUGUUUCUUUUAAUCAAUGAAGCCAUAGUCAUGCAAAAGUAAUGUACAUUCAGCAUCUUUUGUUCUUUACAUACACUGAAAUCAUGUUAGAAUGCACUUUAUGAUGCUGAAACAUGCUUUAUUUUCUCUUGGAAUAACGCAUCUAAUAAAAGUGUAAUUGAUGUA